ACAUAUGUGCGACUGUGGAAAGUUGAAGUGUUAGCGAAACAGCUGCCACAGUUAAUACCAAAUUAGCCGAAUAAAAAAAAAAGAAAAAGAAUUGCCGAAAAAUAUGAAAAAAAAAAAUGAUGAAAGAUGAUUAGCUAGCAUUGGAAUUCCUAAUUGCCAAUCUCGAGACAAAAUAUGGAAAAUGUCUAUAUGUGACUGAACUGGAAUGGACUGGAUAAUGCGUAGUAAUCUGCACAUGUAGGACGCAAUUUUACAAACAUAAACGAAAUAAAAAAUACCAAACCAAAACAAGGAAAGAAAAAUAAAGAAAAGACUGAAAACUGAUUUGUUGUCCCAUGUCCUAAGGUCAAGGGAAAGGCCAACGCAUUCCAAACAACUAGCAGCAAGACCCCUCGCCUCUACGCCUUCCCUUUACUUCAUCACCACCAGACAAAACAUGGAGAUUCCCAUUUCGAAUUUAAUUCUAUUAUGUUUAAUUUUUCUGCUAAUUGGCGGAGUGGUUAUCAUACUAUUGCAAUAUUUGAUUUUUAUCAAAUUCUCCAAUCUACCAGACGAAAGUGAAGAGCAGAAACAGAUAAAUGCCAAGUAUACUCUGCCUUUGAACAUUAAGCAAACGGCACGCAACAUCAAUGCUCCGUCAAUGGGCAACAGUUGUAACGAGAGUCAGGACCAAAGCCAGAGCAACUUAAGCAAUGUGGAUGCGAACCUUCAAGGGGCAUCGGCUUUGGUUUCCCUCAAUUUUGUUAUGCAGUUUCUUUUCCAUGAAUUUAAGAACUCCAAUCGUGUACGAAAAUGGUUUUAUCGCAAGUUAUCUAUUGAGCUAGAUGAGCUAGUCACUAAAACUACAACAGGCAAAUUGUUGGACAAAUUAACGAUUAAAGAACUCGAAUUGGGUGAUCAGUUUCCCGACAUUAGGUCGCUGUCGGUACACAAUGUUGAAUUGGACGAAGGAGAGCAACGCAUAGAGAAUUUAGAUCUGCUUCUGGACAUUAACUAUGUUGGCAACUUCUCCACGUCAAUCGAUGCGGAUAUGGUGCUGGGCAAGAAGGGUUCUAUUAUGCUUAAAGUAAAACAACUUUCGGGAAUGGCGCGAUUGCAAUUCACACGAAAACCAUAUACCCACUGGUCGCUUAGCUUCUUGGGAGAUCCUGAACUGAUUUUAGACAUUGAGUCCAAAUACCAGGGACGUCAAAUGCAAUCAAAUAUCACGAAUCUUAUAUCAAAUCAAAUACGCAAGGCGGUGCGCCGCAAACACACCUUGCCCAACUAUAAAUUACGCUACAAGCCUUUCUUCCAUUGGACAGCCGAGGAGGAGCUGAGCGAUUGCGACAUUCAACCUAAUGGUCUGCUCACAGUCAAGGUGUCUGAGCUAUCGAGACUGAUGCCUUGGGCGAAUAAUGGCGAGAGUGUUGAGAGUGAUGUCUACUGUACCAUAACACUGGCUCCGGUGCCAUUUAUCGAGGCCCAUCAGAAGGAUAGCCGCAAUGUGCUUAUCUCUCUGGACGUUUAUAUACACAAAGCAAAGAAUCAACAGAUUGGCAUUGUCUUUAAGCAGAGCAGCACCCAGGUGGUCAUGAUCGAGUCGGUGCUACCGAACACCCCUGCUUGCAAGUCACAACUCUUGGCCGGCGAUGCUUUAGUUGCCAUCGAAGGCAAACAGGUGACAACCAUUCAGCAAAUAGCCAAAGUGGUCAAGAACCUGCAGGCCACCGUAUUCUGUUUGCGGAUUGAGCGCUCUAUUCCCGGUAUCAUACGCAAUGAUGCCAUAUUGGAGGAUCUGGAUAAAUACGAUGAUCUCUGCCCUAUUCACGCGACGACGACAGCAGCAGCAAAACUCGAGCAAACGCAAUCCCCAGAGGAAUUACCCAUUGAGGUUACAAACUCAGGGGCCAGUGGCGGAAGUGGUGCAAUUGUGAAGCAUUUAGUGGUCAAGCCUACUCACAGUCGACACUCCACCGAGUCGAGCCUUAAUAGUACGCCAACAAAUUCACCGUCACCCAAAAAAUCUAAUAUUAUUGCCAAGGCAAUUAAAAAAACAAUGAGUAGAGAGAGCGGCGACAAGGACAAGGAAAGAGAUAAAGACAAAGACAAGGAGCGAGACAAGGAUAGGGAUAGGGAUAAAGAAAAGGAUUUACAGCCGGCAAUUGGCUUCUGCUCAAGUGAGAGGUCUAGCGAGGAUGUUAACUAUUUCUAUCAGCACUCGACCAUUGAUUGUGCUUUCAGCCCAUUGGUACACAUGAACGAUAUGUGCAGUUUUAAUUUGGACGCCAAUAGCCGCUUCCUCAACGUCUGCGUCUUUGGCAAAAGUGCCGGAGAGAGGAUCCUCCUGGGCUAUAACAACAUACAAAUCAGUCAGAUUCUCGUCGAGUGCUCGGAGACCAGCCUGCAUCAGUGUUUCAAACAGAUAGCCCUUAAUCCAGCCAGUCUGCAGGCAGUUAAGAUGCACCACCUCUCGAAUCAGUCAGGCUUCAAUCCCAGUUUAUGUUUCGGCGAUAUUCUUCUUGCCUUCUCCUGGUUGGGUAAUCCAAAUGUAACUCUCAACGAGAUGGCAACCAAAAACACCACAAAGCAAUCAUCUCCAUCCAGGAAUUACACAACUUCUAGUGAUAAAGCUGGUGAGGACAACCUAUCGGAUGGCAUAUCAUUGAGAUCCACAGGCACACCUGCAGAUAGCGGCAUUUCCAGUGUCUCAUCGACAGCUGCGCCCCGAGCCCACAACUUUGUCCGCACUCACUUCAAUAGGGCCACUCAAUGUGAUUUUUGUGGCAAGAAAAUCUGGCUGAAGGAUGCCAUGCAGUGUCAGGAGUGUUCAAUGUCGUGCCACAAGAAAUGCAUAGCCAAGUGCCAAAAUGCAACCGUCUGUGGCCCCGUCGAUUGCUCCACAUCGUUGCCACCGCCUGCUGCCUCUAUGGUAAAUAAGCCAGAGUUUACCAUAACCGAGGCGGAAAACUUGGGACUGCUUGAAUCAAAGGCAAUGGGCUCUGGUGCACUAGAUGAGUCGGCGGCUACUUUGAGUGGUGCCUCUGGAGGGGACCAGGCGCAGCAGCAUUCGGGCCUCGAUGUGCAUAGGCCGAGCCUUACUGGAAUGCUGGCACAAGGUAUCAAACGUCAGGCCAGUAACCUGGAUAUUCCAGGCAUUGUGUCAUCACUGACGGGUAGCAGUCAAAGCGGCCCAGUAAACUCAAAGAGCCUCCCUCCGAGCCCCCAACAUACACCAUCGCGGAAAUCAUCAAUAGCCGAGGAGACACAACAGAAUCCAUUUGAUCGUGUUACACAGCAUUUGGAGGCAUUACCUGUCGACUGUACAGUUCUUAGUUACGAUCAGGUUAUUAUCAUUACCGAGCCAAUUAUACGGCACUCCCGCAACGAAGACCUUAUGAAUCUGGCCAAGAGCUCCAGCAAGCAUCUCUACGCCAGUCAGCCGCCCGAUGAGCGAGUGUCCAAAAUCAAUGAACUGCUAAGUAAAUUAAAAAUCGCCUUAGAUGCAGAAACCGAAGGUUACACAAUGAUGAACGAUGUCGAAAAGGCCACCGAAUCAUCGCUUUGGAAGCCAACAACGAUCAGCAUCGAGAACAAGUCUGAUGAACGUGUCCAAGCCCUUAGCAUUAUAAUGCUGUACUUGUGCACAGGACUUCAGCAUGCCCAGGGUGUGGUAUUGCAGUAAUUAUGUCGGGGUUAAUUACUUAUACUGUAAUUACUUUUAAGCAGUAGACUGGAAAAGUGUUAGUGAGCUAACUUAUGGGCAUUUUUAUUACAUACAUACAUUCAAUACGUGUUGUGGCAUACCUACUACUUACCUACUUUACCUACUAAAUAAUUAUUUUUUAGCCGUGUUUGUUCUAAUCGAAUUCAAAGCUUUAUUUGUCGGUUUUAAAUGAAAUAAAAUCUGUAUAU